CGCAUUUAAUUACAGUGGAGCAACGUCUACGUAGUAAAUCAGUAACAAAAUAUUAAAUAUUAGUGAAUUUAAACAUUCAUAGUGAUAAAUUGUUCCAAAUUCAGGCUGUGUAAAGAAUUCUAAACAAAUAUUACGUUGUUUGAUUGUCCAAAAGUGUAGGGUUUCAGUACUAUGCACCCUAGAAAUGUUUUGAAGAAUGCUCCAGACUUUACCGCCUUGGCUAUAAAAUAUCCGGAAUUUCGCCGUGUAUGCAAAUUGGAAUUGUGUGGCAAAGUCUGUGUUGAUUACAAAAAUGAGGCCGCUCUCAGGGCUUUAACACAGACGCUGCUCUUGGAAUAUUUCGGACUGGUGGUGGAAUUUUCGCCUGGUAGUUUGGUUCCAACAGUCUCGUUGCGGUUGAACUAUAUUUUAUGGUUGGAGGAUUUGUUGGCAGCUGGAUUGACGAAGUCUGUAAGAGGGAUAGACAUUGGUUGUGGUUCUUCUUGCAUUUAUUCGCUUUUGGCUGCCAAAAAGAAUGAAUGGUCUAUGGUAGCCUUGGAAACAAAUCCUUCGAAUUUGGUAUAUGCCCAGAAAAAUAUUGAGCGAAACAAAUUAGAAAAUAAAAUUGUGUUGUUUUCCCAAAAACAAAAAGACCACAUCUUCCAAGAAUAUUUCGAAGCAAGUGAUGCUUUGACUUUGUACGAUUUUUGCCUGUGUAAUCCACCCUUCUACGACUCGCUUUCCGAAGUUUCAAACACUCGAAAUCCUCAAAAGAGACCACCACCUCGUAAUUGUCCAACAGGUUACAAAGACGAAUUGUCAUGCUAUGGUGGAGAAGUGAAAUUUGUUGAACAGAUAAUUGAUGAAAGUCUCCAAUACAAAGACAAAAUUAGAAUCUUCACUUCCAUGUUGGGCCUUAAAUCUAGCUUGAAUCAGCUAAAAGAUAUAUUGAAGAGCAAGAAUAUAUCAAAUUACUGCACAACGGAGUUUCACCAAGGAAAUACAACAAGAUGGGCCAUUGCCUGGUCAUUCUUUGAUAAUAUGGAUCUGCAGAAAUUAAACAAAUCAAAAUAAAUAGUUUAAAGAAUAUCACCAGA